UAUAUCUGUUGAUAAAUAAUUACUGCCAUAUCUUCCCAUAUAGGUCUUUCCCGCCAGGCAGAUGAAAAAGAUAACUCUGGACAGGAACUGUUAUUUCAGCGAAUUCCUCAAUACUAUUCUGCACACCUUCAAUAACCUGGAGGCCUUUGAGAUAGAGGUUGAAGUGGUAGACUUGAUGAAUAUAGAUGAAUUUCAAGAAUCCUACCCCUCUGUCAAGUCCAUAGUUGUGAAUUUUUUAUACAGCGAAUUUCACUACUUCGGGGCCAAUGUGGAGGAGCCCUUUGAAAUAUUCAAAUCCUUUCCCGAGUUGGAGGAACUGCACUUCCACAACAUCGAUAACGCGGGGUCCCAGGCCAUGUUGGUUGGGUGCCUAUCCUACCCCUUGACGCAUCUGACCAAACUUCGCCACCUAACGCUGAUUUCUCAGCUACCCGGGACUUACUGCCCACCUUCCCAUUUCUCUUUGGACUUAACUCAAAGGCUUUUUGAGAUGCAGGGCACCGAGGAAUUCAAGCACCUACAGCAGCUGGAAACUCUGAGGGUGGACCAGCUCCUCCUUGACAGGUUCCUCGACAUGACCAUACAAAUGCUGCGUAUGUCCGGUGUCCACGUGUCGGUCGUAUACCAAACAGGAGUCGAGAAAGACGACGGAAUACAGUCACACGAACUGGGGCCCUUAUUUCUAGAUGAGUCGUUCGAUGAAGAAAAUGCCAGUUUACACGAAUUUUCCACCAAAAUCUUUCAGAAAGUUACCUAAUGAAAUGCUAUAUUAAGGAACAGAUCAGUGGCAGCAGAAGGAAAGUUAAUGGUUCCAGAAAAGAAAAGAAAAAUACUUUUUAUGAAUAAAGGUUUUAUAAGAAAGUGAG